AUGUACGAGUCUACUACCUCGUUGGAUCUACACCGCUUGAGUCGGCAUAGUCUCCAAGAACGAUAUGAAUCGGACGAAGAGGCUGUGUCCGAGUCUGAUACCGGAGCCCAGGAUCUACUAUCCUCGCCGAUGGGCUCUCCGGUGGAAUCACAACGAGCUGCCAUUUUCGAUUCAGACCUGAGUGCCGACGAUGCCUCUCACAUGGACGCUGACGCUGAUUCGGACCGUGAAGAACAUCUGCUGGCGCCGCCAACAGUCAAACGGCCACGGCCCGUGUCUACGGAUACUAUCAAGAGGACGAGCCCCGCUGCCUUUGAUGAAGAUGCCUAUGUCUUUGACCCAGAGGAGCAAAUGGUACUUGAACUGCCAUCACCAGACUCUCCUCCCCAACUGGCGUCUACCAUCGGUCUACGUCUCGCCGAAGCCGAAGCCAACCACAAGGUCUCGAUCAACGUCACCCUCCUCGAUCUUCUCAGUCGAGGAAGCAGAUAUCCAAGUGGCAAAGAAAGUCACCAUCAUGGAACCCCAAACACGACCAACAGUGGUCUUAAUCAACACCCUGAGCAAGAGACCAAUCCCCAGAACCCGCACCAACCACUCUCGUUCUCGCGAAAGCAGCCGCAGUCGUCCCCCCUGGCAAGAGCAGACAACAGACUCGCACCACCACGCUCAUCAGAGCACAUCUCCAAACGAUACUCCCACAGAGAAACGACGCCCAAGCCAGUCCCACAAAAGCACGUAACCCUAGACACGGACGAAACAACAGCCCCAAGCGCAACAAUCAACCGCGUCUCCGAAGUCCCUCUAGUCCCCUACUUCCCAGCACCACCCCGAUCCCUCCCAACCGACCGACCCAGAACAGCAGGCGCAGACAGAUCCCUGGCAAUGCACCCACCUCUCCUCCGCCCCCGACGCCCAACAGAAAUAUCUCGCCCGGCCUCAAUCCGCAGUCUCAGCAGUCACACCGUUAAAAGCUAUACUUCCUGCCCAGCCUCACCCUCCACAGAUGACCAGCAAACCCCAUCCAGCCACCCAUUCUCGCGGACCCACAGUUCAAUGUCUAUGGUCUCUUCUCCGCAGCCUUACUCUCCACCUCCUCAAUCAUUCAUCUCUUCGAAACGAACACCCACCUCAUCGUCUUCAUCUUCCUACAGCGUCUCGAAUAUCCUCAACCCCCGCUCUCCUCUGAUGAUGCGCCGUAUGACACGGAAGCAUUCGUCGUCGAGUGUUCAUUCUAUGAGUUCGUUACGGUCAGAGGUUGAUCCGGUCGGGAUGGGACCUUCUUCUUCGCAGGUUUCCGUUGCCACGCAGCCUAAUAUGAGUUCUGGGCUUAGGUCUGGCUCUGGGUCUGGAUCUGUCGAUUCGAAUGCGAGCGCAGGUGCAAAUGUCGUUCGCAAAUCUAGUCAGCGCAAACAUGCCAGACAUGCUAGUUUUCUCCCUUCUGGUCGUGGGUUUAUGGGGUUGAAGCUUGGGAAGAGGUUGAAUAAUAAGGCUUAA